UAUACACGACUGCUGUGCACGUAGCAGCUCAGUGUGUAGACCCGCCACCUCACAACUUGUCGACUACCCGGCGGUCCUGUUACUACAGGCAGAGUACAUGUUACUUUACCAGCGACACUUCUUAGUUUUACACAGAUCACGUGUUUUAGUAAGAUGGAUACGGUGUGCAUCAAAGAUAAAUUCGGCAACGAUCGGUGGUUUCUUGGCGAGGACAUACGGCUCCCAAUCUUCAUAGAAAAACUUAGUCUAGCGGACCGCUUGAGUUUCAUCAACAACUUUCACUUUAGACCUGACGACGUCAUUGUUGCCGGUUACAUGAGAUCAGGUAACAACUGGAUUCAUCAGAUGAUUUACAUGUUGCUGGAAGGAACCCUGGACCCGCCUCCCUUGUUUGGACCGGAUACUAACGUCAUCCUGGAGACAGCCACAGACUUUAACCGCGUCCUCCCAGCUGUCAAACCUCGCGCACUUUACACGCACCUUCUCUUCAAGGACCUGCCAAAGGUCGUCACUGAAAAAAAGGUCAAGGUGGUGCACAUCACAAGGAACCUCAAGGAUGUCUUCGUGUCUUUGUAUUGUCUUUUAGAAAAAUAUCCUCUCCGCCAAUAUUAUCCACCGUGGCCAGAGUUUUUUUCUACAAUGCUAGAUGAUGGCGUGUCAUAUGGAGAUGUCUUUCACCACGUGACAAGCUGGGAGAAGGCGAUCGACGAUCAUCCUGAGCAUCCAUUUUACUGUGUGACGUACGAGGAGCUGACACAAAAUGGUGUUGAUCAGCUGGAAAGUAUUGACCAGUUCCUGGAGACAAACAGAGGAAGACCUUUCUGCCAGGCGGUGGUUGAGAAAUGUCACAUCAACAACAUGGUUAAUCUGCGAAUAGCAAAAGACUCUAAAUUUAAUUGGACCACAUUUUAUCGAAAAGGAGUUGUAGGAGACUGGAAGAACUGGUUCACUGUGGCGCAGAACGAGGAGUUCGAGGAGGUCGUCCGAAAGAAGAUGGCCGGCUACAAAAGUCUCCUUCGUUACCAACUUGAAUAAUUAAAUCAACACAUUGUAAAUCCCAGUACCAGCACAUAGUGUCUUUUAUCAGACAAUUCAUUCUUUGUUGUUCUCGAUAUUCCAGACUUUGUCACUAUUGUUUUAGUACUCAUAAAUUUGUGUAAAUCCCUACCCCAUUCUGUUGAUCUCCGUCUGCUGCUGUUAUAAUGAGUAAACAGGAAACGAUGCUCUUUCUCAAUAAAAACAGAAACUCUAGAAACCGACAGGAAGAACAGUGUUUUAAUGCGGACACUUAGCUAUGGAUAAAUAUCGUCUCCAAAAAAGUAAUCAUAAAGCUACGUUAUGUCCAUAAAGUCAGUCUGUCUAAUGACUCCUAUUAGUGUACAGGCUACAUACUCACACGAAAGCGUACACAAGAACAAUAAGGUAUUGUCAAUGUGGUGAACGAUAGUCAUUACAUAGAGCUGUCGGGGAGACUCUUUAUAAUCAGAAAAGUGAAUGCAACCUUAUAUUUGAAUGCCGUUGAAAGCACUGAUGAUCCCAUUCUGUCUCGUCAGGCGUGUUGGUGUGCACGGCUUGGUGUAUGUCCAAACUAUGAAUGUGUGAUUAAGACAAAAGAUAAAAAAAUAUUGUGUGUUGUCGGUGGCACGUGUCGCCAGAGUUGACUUUCCUUGAAAAAAAGUUGGAAAGGAGUGAAGGUAAUUUUUUGCACGUUCUCUAAGGGACUGAGUUUAUGGAGGUCACUGUUGAGAUCACGUGAGUACUUGACCCUUUCGUGAACCUGUACAUGAGUUCGGGGUACAGCGAUAGAUGAUGUAUGCAAUCAUUCUCCUACAUGGUCUUACCUGAGCACAGUGCUGGGAGUGCUGUGCAUCGUCAAACACUGAAAUCCUUUAGGGGGCAGUUGGAGUUUGUAUUGCAAAUAUGUUAAUGUGUUUUCGAAAAACAAAAAAAUUGUAUAUUAGACAAAUGUACAGUGAACAUCUUGUCCUAUUUAGAUGCAGUAAUAACUCUGAGACAAAAGUUGUCAUUAAUUUAAUUUUACUGCUUGCAAAAGCUUACCUACAGUCUUGUGGAUUUCCAAAGCCAUCCCCCACAUAGAACCCUUUAUUACAAUAUUAUAAAACGAUAUAUAAUUAAAAAAUUUAAUGAAUGUUUAAAAGUAACCGAAGAAAAUUUUGCUAACACUGGUUACAGAAUAAAUAACUUGUGAACUAGACAAAUACUGAUUUGAGAUAAGUUUAUAAUCGCUAUAUGAUUACUUAAAACUAAGCAUGGUAAUAUAUUAUGUAAAUUAUUGUUACUGUGCUGUUAGUUUAUGGCACAAGGAAUGAAAAGCGCCAGCUAUGAUGUCUGUGCUUGACUUUGUUGAGGUGUGAAAAUAAAACAUACUUUGUGGUGUAAAAUUUUACAUCGUUUGCCUGCUUUGCAGAUAGAUGUGCUUUUAAAUAACUGUAACCUUUUGUGCAUAUGUUUCUUUUAUAUUGUAAAACAUAGUAGUUUAUGAGUUACAUAUAUUGGAGACAAAAUAAAUGUUUUUAAAAAAG